AUGGACAACGCAGGAUCCACCUCCAGGGCUAUGUCAGCAGACAUAGCGUGCACUGAGAUUACGCUUCCACAAGCAAGUUCUGCACAAACUCCGCCGGCUGCACAUAAAUAUGGGAUCGAAGGGAAUGCAGAAGUAGUUUCAACUCCACAAGCACCUAGAUCAGACAUGAGAUUUGAUACACUUGAAGAUGCUCAGAGGCACUACUUGGCAUUUGCAAGGAGGAGAGGAUUUGGAAUCAGAUACAAUUACAGGAAGAAAUCCGAGGUCACUGGCGAAUACAUAAGAGCAGCUAUGGUUUGCCAUAAAGCAGGUCACCAAGCAAAAGAGAAAGAAGAUACGCAGAAACCUAAACCAGUUGUACCGGAAAGGAUGAAGUGCAGCAACAUUAGGACUGACUGUCCAGCUAGGAUGGCGUUGAAAGUCAGAGAUGGUACCUGGCUGGUGACGGAAUUCUGUGAUGAUCACAAUCACCCUCUACUCAAGAAGUGGUCGUUGACUGGUUUCCUACGCUCACACAGAGACAUACCGGAAGAAGACCAAGAGUUCAUAAAAAUACUACACACUGUAAACAUGGAUACAAGCAGAAUGAUGCAAGUUAUGGCUACACUAUAUGAAUCAGUAGAAGGAGUGCCAUACACACCAAAGGACAUGGCAAAUUUCAGAUCCAAACUUCGGGCAGAAAACAAGUUCGUAGACAUGCAAAACACUAUGGCAUACUUUGAGGACUUGAAGUCCCGAGACAAGGAUUUCUACUACAGAUACAAGCUUGACGAUGAGGACCGUGUGCAGUACUUGUUCUGGGUAGAUAGUGCAGCAAGAAGAGCUUACAAGAACUACAAUGACUGUAUUUCUUUCGAUGCAACUUACAUGACAAACACAUACAAGAUGCCCUUGUAG